AUGAAGAGCAGCGCCACCGCGAAGCUCAUCGUCUUCCACCCAUCCAUCCACAAAUCUCCACCGCCGCCGCCUCCCCCUCCCCCCUCUCCCAACCGCCACCGCCUCUUCUUCAUCCUCACUUUCUUCACUCUCGCCUUCACUCUCACUCUCUUCUCCACCGCCACCAUCCCUUCCUCCGUCUCCUCCACCACCGCCGCCUCCUCCGCCCUUCUCCCGGACACCAUCGCCUCCGCACUCCUCCACUACGCCACCACCAACGCCACCGCCCGCCACAUGACCCCCGCCGAGCUCUCCCUCGUCGCCGACGCCCUCCGCCGCUGCUCCUCCUCCUCCUCCGCUUGCAACUUCCUCGUUUUCGGCCUCUCCCACGAGGCUCUCCUCUGGAAAUCCCUCAAUUUCGCCGGCCGUACCGUCUUCCUCGACGAGAGCGAGUACCACGUCUCCAAUUUCGAGAAGCACCACCCGGAGAUGGAGGCCUAUGACGUCCAGUUCGCCACCAAAGUAGACGAAAUGUCCGGCCUCCUCUCCUACGCCGUCGCCCGCGCCGAUUCGGACUGCCGGCCCGUCCAGAACCUCCUGUUCUCCGACUGCCGCCUCGCCAUCAAUGAUAUGCCCAACCACAUCUACGACAUCGAUUGGGACGUCAUCCUCGUCGACGGCCCCCGCGGCUUCUCCCCUGAUUCCCCCGGCCGGAUGUCCGCCGUCUUCACCGCCUCAGUCCUCGCCAGGACGGGCGGCGGAUCCGGCAAGAAGAAGACUCACGUCUUCAUUCACGAGAUUAGGAGGGAGGUGGAGAAGAUUUACAGCGACGAGUUUCUCUGCCGCGAGAAUUUGGUGGAAACUGUGGAUUCACUCGGUCACUUCCUCGUCGCCAAAAUGCCCGCCGAUCACUUCCAGUUCUGUCCCAAUUCGAGAUCUCUGCCGUCCUCUUCGUCGCCGUCAGUGACGAUGGUGAAUGACAGUUGA